AUGGUCAAGAACGUACGCAUUACUUACCGUCGUCGACACUCGUACGCGACCAAGUCGAAUGGAAUUAAAGCCGUCAAGACGCCUGGUGGCAAGUUGGUAGCUCAAUACCUAAAGAAACGUGCUGCUGGUCCUAAAUGUGGUGACUGUAAACAAUCGCUCAAGGGCAUUAAGCAUUUGCAGUCAAAGGAAUACAAGAACGUGAGCAAGACUCACCGCACCGUCUCCCGUGCUUAUGGUGGCUCGCGUUGCGCAACGUGCGUUCGUCAACGUAUUGUACGUGCUUUUCUGAUUGAGGAACAAAAGAUUGUCAAGAAGGUGCUGCUCGAAAAGCUCAAGAAGAACAAGUCGGCGUAA